CAUCUUGAGUUUUCCUUUGAACAACAGCUGCUCAUUAGAAACGUCGGCUCGUAAUUUUCAGGGUAAACGAGCUGCCCAACGUAUUGCAGACUCAUAAUAUGGCCUCACAUGCAAAAUGGCUGAUCAUUGCGUCUAUAAGACUUUACGACUGCACACUUCGGCAGAUAAGUUCUACAUCGAACCUAGAGAUCCGAAAGCAUUAGGGGAAAAAAUAUUGGAAAUCGACCGUGUGACACAAGAAUUAAAUUUAGCCGACAAUGAAGGUCAGAUUCCCCCAUCAGCAGAGACCAAGGACAUCUUUGGCAUUAUGGGAGUCAUUCAUCUAUUGGCAGGCCCAUAUUUGAUAGUGAUCACAAGAAAAAGGCUUGUAGGCUACAUACAAGGCAAUGAAGUAUGGAAAGUCCUUGGGACUGAAGUCAUUCCAUUCCCUAGAGCGCUAUUACAUCUCACUGAAGACCAGGCAUAUUAUGACAAAAUAUAUUUGUCAAUGGUCACUUCUGUUCUUCAAACAGAUGGAUUUUACUUUUCAUGUUCCUAUGACCUAACUCAUACCAUACAAAGACUUUCUGGAACAAGUCCUGACUUUCUUCAAAUGCCUCUUUUUGAAAGGGCUGAUCCAAGAUUUGUAUGGAAUAAUCAUCUUCUGAGACCAUUUACAGUACAAUCUGAGCUUCAUAAAUUUAUACUUCCAGUUAUGCAUGGAUUCAUAAGCAUAACAACAUGUACAAUUAAUAAUAACUCCUUUGAUUUUAUUCUUAUUUCUCGACGAAGUUGCUACCGGGCAGGAGUACGCUAUUAUAUACGAGGUCUUGAUGAUGAAGGCCGAUCAGCUAAUUACGUUGAGACGGAACAAAUAAUUCAGUACAACAAUGGAACUUCAUCAUUUGUUCAGAUAAGAGGUUCCAUCCCACUUUAUUGGUCACAAAGACCAAAUUUGAAAUAUAAACCAACUCCAUUAAUCAACAGUACAGCUGACCAUACUUUAGGAUUCCAGUACCAUAUUGAUCAUGAAAUUGCGCACUAUAGGGAACUAGUGCUGAUCAGCUUGAUUGAUCAAAAAGGUGCAGAAAAGAUUUUAGGUGACAAUUUCUAUACUAUUUUACGGAACUCUGGAUAUAAAGAAGAUAAGUUAAGGUAUGAUGCGUUUGACUUUCACAAAGAAUGCAGCAAGAUGAGAUGGGAUCGACUGAAUAUCCUUAUAGACAGACAAAAUAGUGAUCUCAAGAAAUUUGGCAAAAUUCAUGAGCAUGGUGUGAUUACAACUGGAGAAAAAAUCGCAGGACACAAGGAUUUCGAAUUCAUAUUCAAGAAUGUCUGGGCUGAUAAUGCUGAUGCCUGUUCAGUCCAAUAUGCUGGAACUGGAGCCCUAAAGACUGAUUUCACAAGAACUGGAAAGAGGUCUGUAUUUGGAGCUUUGAAAGAUGGGGUGAAUUCAGCCAUACGGUAUUACAAGAACAACUUUUCUGAUGGCUAUCGACAGGAUUCCAUAGACCUGUUUUUAGGCAACUACAUUGUGGACUCCAAUGAAUGUAUUAGCAAACCAUGUCCACUACAGCAGAAGCGUGAUUGGAGAUACAUGAUGCUCCCAUUCAUCCUAUUGUUUGGUUUCUCUAUGUUCAUUAUUAGCCUUAUUCUUCCAUCAACUGAGUAUGGUAUUCAGUUCCUGUAUGUCCUAUUCUGGGGAGCAGCUGUUUUCAUGACACUAUAUAUUGUAGUUUUCUUUGGAACUGAAUUUGUUGACCAACCAAAGUUGCUGCAACCAAAGGACACCAAAGACAAACAUGUUUGACUAGCAGAAACACAUCCAUCAUUUCCAAAAAACAAACUCUCGCAUGAUUACUACUGGAUCUGAUAGCUAAUAUCAUAUUAAUAUGUCCUACAGUGUAUCAAAAUACCAACAACUGCUUUAGAAAGAAAAAAGGUGUGCUGACCAGUUUUUAAGGCACUUAAGGUGUUUUGAUCAGGGUUCGUGCAGGUCCUUAAAUCCUUGAAAAGUACUUGAAUUGAAAACUCGUUUUCAAGGGCACUUGAAACUCCUUGAAA